AUAAGUGUAUAGGUUAUGUCAAUAGUAAUACUUAGAAGCUUGUUGUUAGCCUGAGUUUUAUUUUAUUUUUCAACUGGUUUGUUUUUACUAGCCUUAUUCAAUGAGUUUACGGUUAAGCAAAUCUAUAGGCAAAUUUCAAAAUGCACGAUUAUGAUUUAUUUCAUGCUACCUAUUUUGUAUUAACUUGGACUUCAUCAGAAAGAUAACUUAGUGGAUCUGAAUAAGAAUGACUUGUUUCACUCACUUGCAACGUGUAAGGAUUCUAUACAAGACAAUUCUUCGCUUGCACAGAGGUUUACCAGAAGGCUUGAAGUUUCUAGGCGAUUCAUAUGCAAGAGACGAAUUUAAAAGACAUAAAACAUGUAACCCAGCUGAAGCAGCAGUAUUCAUGACUGAAUGGACGAACUACGCUAUCCAGCUUACCGAACAGUUGGGCUUGAAAGGUCCAAAAUUCUCAAAUACUCUUGGAGCUUGUAUGGAUGAGAAAUUACUGGAUAAAAUGAGAGAAGAUCAGAUAAUGCAGCUCUAUGAACUAAUGCAGGCUAGUACUGAGUUGAAGAGAUCAGAAACUGAAUAAAUCAGCCACUAUGUACGUUUGUAUAUAAUAAUAGGUAUUUUUAUUCUAGUCAAUGCCAAGUAAUGAUGUUAGUUUGUUGAUGUAUCUGUAACAGAAUGCUAAUUCUAUUAAACCAAACCUGGAGAAUCGCA